AUGGUUUCAGAUGGUUUCAAUCUGCUUUUGCGUUUUGAAAUGCAGGUCGAGGGAAAGAUCACGGUGAACGGAGAAGCGAGCAAUGGAGUGGACGGAGAGCCAGACAAGGAAUGCUCAGCCCUUCUGUUUGAACCUUCCCCUAGCCUUUCAGCCAAGUCUGAUCAUGUGGUCGAACUGCCUGGUGGAUCCAUGGAGAGAAGCGCAGAUCCCUCCAUUCCUGAACUCAUUCAGAAGAGCUUAAUCGAACACGCUCCAGAUCUCACCGAAUCCAGCACGAAGUUUUCCUGUGCCAACCUCAUGGUGGCCCACAUGGAACUAUCUUCCGUCCACAACCAUCCCAACGAAAUAGAGUCAAACCGUGGCCUGAAUUCGACUCGGGAGCCCAAAAUUCCUGAAAGAGGAGAACAGAACGGUACAGAACCUGUGGCUAGCCAGAAGAAACUCCCUGAGACAAGCCAAGGGGUUUUGAAAGACGUUCCCCUACAAGAUCAAAAAGCCGCCACUGAGAACAGGGACAUACCAAAUCGCUCGCCUUGCUGGGCUUGGGAUCCGGAAGAAGAACGUAGGCGCCAGGAACGGUGGCAGCAGGAUCAAGAACGUCUCCUUCAGGAAAGGUAUCAGAAAGAGCAGGAGAAGUUGAAAAAAGAGUGGGAAAAAGCACAGAAAGAAGUUGAAGAAGAGGAGCGCAAAUAUUAUGAAGAGGAACGCAAGAUCCUUGAAGAUACCGUGGUUCCGUUCAUACUGACCUCAAGCUCUGCAGAGCCCUUGUCUACAUCAUCUUCCUUGACCGAUGGAAACAGGACGAUGAAUUUGAUCGAUCUAAGCUACUCGGAAGAGGAUAAUAAGCCAAGCGAAGAGGCAAAACUGGAGACGUUAUUCGGUGAACGAGAUGGGGCGUCCUUCUCCAAAUACAAGGAAUAUCAACUGCGGGAGGAGAUUGUGAGCACGGUGAAUAAGGAAGAAUAUCUAGAAGGCCUGAAAUGGAGACAAGCCGAUCCGGUUCCUAGCCCGGAAGGCAGAUCGCCCAACAAAAUGUCUUUGCCGUUAUGUCCAGGUGGGCGAUGCGCAGUGGACCCAGCCACCAGCAGCAGAGCGGAGUCCUUGCCCAUCAGACAUCAGACAGAAGGAUUCACCGCUGGGGUGUAA